AUGGGCGAACCGAUUCAAUCACUUCCAGAUUCAGAGCAGGAGCGACGUGCUCUGGCACGGACACUGCUCAUUGAACUGCUGGCCUACCAAUUUGCCUUUCCGGUUCAAUGGAUUGAUACACAGAAAGAGUUCUUCACGCGAGAUGAGGCCGUGGAGCGAUACGUAGAGGUCGGCCCGGCCAAGGUGUUGUCCACCAUGGGCAAGAAGACGGUUGCCCGCAAUCACCAGCUGCAGGACCAGCUGCGCCUGAUUCGCCGUCAAUUCCUUUCUCACAGCGAUGAUUAUGGGCAGAUAUGCUAUGAAUACGAAGAGUCGCAACCAGUGGCCACGACAGAGACUCAAGCUGCCCCAGUCACCCCAGCACCAGUUGCUGUGGCCCCUGAAGCCCCGGUUGCUCCUGCUGCAGCUCCCGCAGCUCCGGUUGUAGCGGCAGCCGCUGUCGAUGAUGUGCCACUAUCUGCGCUGGAUAUCGUGCUGGCUCUGAGUGCCCAGAAGCUGAAGCAGCCAUUUGACCAGGUGCCUCUUCAGAAAUGCAUUCGGGACCUGUCUGGAGGUAAAUCUACACUACAGAAUGAACUUAUUGGUGACCUGGUGGCCGAGUUCGGUGGUACACCCGACGGCUGCGAAGACCUUCCACUCGAAGCUGUCGGGGCAGCUCUCGAUGGCAGCUUCACCGGCCGUCCUGGCAAAGUCAUGUCUGCAUUAAUUGCCCGCUUGAUCUCGGCCAGGUUUCCCGCUGGGUGGAAUCAGAACAGCAUUCGCAGCCACCUUGAGAUACACUGGGGCUUGGGCUCUCAACGUCAAACAGCUGUUCUCUGCUAUGCCGUCAGCUUGGACCCCUCGUCCCGGCUUGAAAGCCCUCAGGCAGCCAAAGAAUUCGUCGACAGUGUCGUGUCUCGGUACGGACGCCACUGUGGCAUUACUAUAAACCCAGCUGCUGCGUCUGCGGGCGGAGGUGGUGCCGCUGGCGGAGCUAUGAUUGACUCCAAGGAGCUGGAGCGGCUACGCACGGAGCAGAACGACGCUUUCAAGCAGCUUCACCUGGCACUCGGGAAGAUCUUGGACAGCGACGGCGGCGAGCUUGUCCAGAAGCUAGCGCACAGCGAAGAACUAUGGCAGGAAGCUGACCAGAAGUUGGAGGCUUGGCAGGCUGAGUUCGGUGACGGCUUCUUGACUCGCAUCUCGCCCAUCUUCGACGCAAAACGCGGUCGCAGCUAUGACGCCUGGUGGAACUGGGCUCGCGUCGAUAUUGCCUCGCUGCUGCUGGGACCCGGUAGCACUGCGAAGGAGGAGAAGAUCUGGCAGGUGUUGAAUCGCUCGAAUCCCAGCGCCUUCGAUCUAGUCAAGUAUCACAUUGCCCACCCAUUACGCCACAGUGACAAGCAGCUGCAGAUCCAGCCCCUGGAGCAGCUGUUCCAGGGUUACCGUGACGCACUCCAAGGAGACUCCGUCUUCAUCCACCGGCUGCCACCUCUGGGUCCUCGUACCAUUGUCAGCCCUAAGGGAGUUAUCGAGUACGAAGAGAUCCCUCGCACCAUUGGCGGACGCCCAGAUACCUACGUCGAGCUACUCAAGCGCGGAAGUCGCUUCGACGCCCCCAUUGCCGACAGCGUACCUUUUGUUCGGCUCUGUCGUCCUAAAGCUAGUGCCUGGAACUACGAUGAUGCUCUCACAUCCAGCUACCUCGAUUCUGUCCAAGCGGCCACAUCCAUCGGUAUCAGCUUCUCCGGUAAGACGGUGCUGAUCACCGGUGCCGGACCCCAAUCCAUAGGUGCUGAGAUCACGCGUGGCCUGCUCACAGCCGGUGCCAAUGUCAUUGUCACCACCAGUCGGUCCAACAUGGACUUUUAUCGCAGCCUGUACCGCGACUUCUGUGGUCGGGGUUCGUCCUUGACAGUCUUCCCCUUCAAUCAGGCCAGUCGCCAGGAUUGCCAGGCCCUCAUUUCUCAUCUGUACACCAACACUCUGAGUACUGCAGGUGACAUUGACUGCGUGAUCCCGUUCGCUGCCAUAUCCGAGAACGGCCGACAGAUUGACGGUCUCGACGGUCUGUCCGAGGUGGCUCACCGCGCCAUGCUGGUCAACCUUCUGCGCCUGCUGGGUUGUAUCAAACAACAAAAGGAAGCCCGUGGAUACGGGGCCAACCCGACGCAGGUCAUUCUGCCGCUCUCACCCAACCACGGUACCUUCGGCGGGGACGGGCUCUACUCGGAGUCAAAAAUUGGCCUAGAGACUCUCUUCAACCGCUUCAAGUCCGAAAGCUGGGGUGACUACCUGACUGUGUGCGGCGCCGUUAUCGGCUGGACCCGUGGCACAGGGCUGAUGAGCGCCAACAACAUUGUGGCCGAGGCCAUCGAGGCUGAAGACGUAAUCACCUUCUCGUCGGCGGAGAUGGCAUUGAACAUAAUGGCGCUGAUGACUCCCGCCAUUGCAGAGGCCUGUGAAGACACGCCCGUGUACGCAGACCUGGGUGGCAAGAUGGAGCAGCUGGCUGACCUGAAGGGUUUGUCGACUGCCGCCCCCGAGGAUGAGCUGCACGAAAAGCUGUUGAAGGGCCCAGAGGAACAGCAACAGCCGAUCACUGCUCCGACUACACGCAAGCCGCGUGCCAAUCUGACGGUCGGCCAUCCAGACCUGCCGGAUUACGAGGUCAUGACGGCAGGUAUACAGCUGCCCGGACGUGACAUGAUCGACCUGAACAAGACUAUUGUCGUGGUUGGCUACUCUGAGCUAGGACCCUGGGGUAGUGCCCGUACACGCUGGGACAUGGAGCGAGCCGGAGAUCUCAGUCCCGAGGGGUACGUCGAGAUGGCCUGGAUCAUGGGUUUGGUUAAGCACUUCGAGGGCGACCAGCAGGGAUCUCCCUACGUAGGCUGGGUCGACACCAAAUCCAACCAGCCUGUGCACGAGGCCGACUUCGCAGAGAAGUAUGGCGAAUAUAUCCAUGAACACGCGGGUUUGCGCUUCAUCGAGCCAGAACUCUACGAUGGCUACGAUCCUGCCAAGAAGGAAUUCCUGCAGGAGGUGGUGGUGCAGGAGGAUCUACCUGUCUUCCAGGCGACUCGUGCUGUCGCUACCGCAUUCAAGUCAAAGCAUGGCGACAAGGUCUCGAUCUCUGCAGCUGGUGAAGAUGGGGAGGAGUACAAUGUGCAAUUCAAGCCCGGAGCACGGUUCUUGGUGCCCAAGGCGCAGCCGUUCGACCGACUAGUGUCGGGCCAGCUGCCUACUGGAUGGGAUCCAAAGGCGUAUGGUAUCCCAGCAGACAUUGUCUCGCAGGUAGAUCCGAUCACGUUGUAUGUCUUGUGCUGUGUGUGUCAGGCCAUGUUGAGCGCCGGCAUCCAGGACCCCUACGAGCUGUACCGACACAUACACGUCUCGGAGCUGGCCAAUUGCAUUGGCACGGGCGCAGGCGGAUUGAUCGCCAUGCGUGGUGUGUACCGCGACCGGUAUCUCGACCGCGACGUGCAGAAUGAUAUCCUGCAAGAGUCGUUCCCCAAUGCCAUGGAUGCCUGGGCGAACAUGCUGCUCAUGGGUGCGGCGGGUCCCAUCAAGUCCCCGUCAGGAACAUGCGCCACGGCCAUUGAAUCGUUGGACACGGCUUGUGAGGGCAUUCAGGCCGGCAAGGUGAAGGUGGCCCUGGUGGGUGGCACAGAUGACCUGCAGGAGGAGAUGUCGUACGAGUUCGCCAAUAUGAAGGCGACAGCCAACACCGUGGAGGAGCUGGCACGCGGUCGCACUCCACGAGAAAUCUGUCGCCCGACGGCUAGUUCCCGCGCAGGAUUUGUCGAGUCUGCUGGAUGUGGUGUACAGGUGCUCAUGACGGCACAGUUGGCGCUCGAGAUGGGAGUGCCCAUCUACGGCAUCGUCGCGUACUCGCAAAUGGCGGGCGACAAGAUUGGUCGCUCUGUGCCUGCACCAGGUAAGGGCAUCCUGACCGCUGCCCGUGAAUCGACUACUGCGUCGCUGUCACCACUUCUGGAUGCCACAUUCCGCCAGAAGCAGUUUGAAGAGCUGCGAACACAGAUCCAGCAGGGGGCGGCUCGCCACCUUCAGCAGGCCCGACAGGAUGGUCAGCUCUCACCACACCUGGCCCAGGUCAUUGACAGGGCUGCAGCAUCACAGAUGCGUCAGGCCCAGAAUCUCUACGGGCUAGAUCUGCGACAACAAGAGCCCGGCAUCUCACCCAUUCGGGCAGCGCUGGCUGUAUGGGAUCUCACCGUCGAUGAUAUCGCGGUGGCCUCAUUCCACGGCACUUCGACCAAGGCCAACGACAAGAAUGAGUCGGAGGUGAUCGACACAAUGAUGAGCCAUCUCGGCCGCACCAAGGGUAAUCCAGUUAUGGUCGUGUGCCAGAAGUACUUAACGGGCCACCCCAAGGGUGCCGCAGGAGCAUGGAUGCUGAACGGAGGCCUGCAGAUCCUGCAGUCAGGAAUCGUGCCAGGCAACCGCAACGCAGACAACGUCGACUCAGUCCUGCAGCAGUUCGACCAUCUCGUGUAUCCUGCUGAGUCCAUUCAGACACGCGACGUGCGAGCCUUCAUGCUCACCUCCUUCGGAUUCGGCCAGAAGGGCGGUCUGGUGGUGGGUGUGUCUCCGCGCUAUCUCUUUGCCGCGGUGGAUCGGACGCCCUACGAGGCGUAUCGCAUCAAGGCCCUCCGACGCUGUGAAAUGGCCAACCGUGCCUUUAUCGAGGGGCUCAACACGAACAGUCUGUUCCAGGCCAAGACAUCGUCCGCCUGGGCCGCCGAGGACGAGAUGCGAGUGUUCUUGGAUCCAUUUGCGCGGGUUGCCGUUGACGACGGCAGCUACUAUUUCGAUGCGAAAUGUCUGCAUCCUGAUUCAGAGGACACAAUUUCUGAGACAAGCUCCGGAGUGUUAACUGCCGUGGAGACGCCCUCAACGCCUACCAGCGAGCCGCUGAUGGACGCGUGCCAGAAAUGGGUGGAGGCGGCUGUGUCGACGGAGGGAACGACCUCGGUAGGUGUGGACAUUGAGUCUGUGACUGCUAUUAAUGUUGAGAACGACGUAUUCCUGGAGCGGAACUACACUGAAGCCGAGAGGGAGUAUUGCCAUGCUGCACCAGAUCCGGCACACUCGUUUGCAGGCCGUUGGGCAGCCAAGGAAGCCGUGUUCAAGAGUUUGCAGGUCCCGUCCAAGGGAGCAGGGACUCCGCUCAACGAUAUUGAGAUUCUCAGUGAUGGUGGGAUUCCAACUGUUCAUCUACAUGGUGAAAUCAAGAAGCUCGCUGAAGAGAAGCAGCUGGCCAAGGUUCAGGUCAGUAUUAGCCACUCGGGCGAGCUUGCCAUGGCGGUGGCUGCCACUACGUUUGGUCCUGCUGAGAAGGAGUGA